AUGAAACUUGAAACUGUUUGCAUGGUGGGUUCACAUGGUGGAAAUUUCCACUAUCUGCUGUUAAAUGCUGAGGAUAUCUCUUCCGAAAUAGUAAUUCUUCGUUGCCCUCGUCUAGUUACUUGAUUCACAUUGUAAUUUUAAGCUGUCUUUUAACAGAACACUGUCCAGGAGAUCUCUGCAGACAUUGAAACGAUACAUCAAAACUUCUAAAAUAUUUUUGCUGGUUUCUCUCUCUUACUGGUUUUGUUUUGACUGAAGAUAUGGAUCGCAUGGAGCUAGAGAGAGUAGGAAAUGAGGUUGAUGAUGAGACCAACAGUGAUGACAGUAUGGAUGACGGCUAUACCCAAUUACCAGAUCUAGAGAAAGCUACAAUUAGCAGUCAAUUUGUUGAUGAAGAUGAUGCCGAAAGUCAAAGGUUUUUAACAAGUGGAUUUUUAAGGAAAACAAAAUAUGAAGAAUAUAAGGAAGAAUAUCAUCCUGGGAUGAUAUCAUUUGGUAUGUCAGCAUUUAAUCUCAGCAAUGCUAUUAUGGGCAGUGGCAUCCUCGGCUUGUCCUACGCUAUGGCCAACACUGGAAUCUUACUGUUUGUGAUCCUGUUACUUACAAUGGCAAUAUUGUCCAUGUAUUCAGUUCAUCUCUUACUAAAAACUGCAAAAGAAGGAGGCUCUUUAAUUUACGAGAAAUUAGGAGAGCGAGCAUUUGGGUGGCCCGGGAAAAUUGCAGCUUUCAGCUCUAUUGCAUUGCAAAAUAUUGGAGCUAUGUCAAGUUAUUUGUUCAUUGUGAAAUAUGAACUGCCAGAAGUUAUUCGGGCAAUUAUGGGAAUUGAAGAGUUGAGUGGACAAUGGUAUACAAAUGGCAAUUACCUUGUUGUGAUUGUGUCGCUGUGCAUCAUCCUACCUCUGACGUUUUUAAAAAAUUUAGGUUAUCUUGGAUACACAAGUGGAUUUUCUCUUUCAUGUAUGCUGUUCUUUGUUGGAGUUGUGAUAUACAAGAAAUCUCAGACCCCCUGCCCAUUGCCUGCAUUUGGUUACUCUUCAGAAAAUCAGACAUCACUAGCAAACGCUACAGGACAUGUUUUAACAGUGUAUCCAGUUGUAUUCAACAAAUCCACUGAUCAUGAUGCAAACCUCAUGAUUGCCACUAUCAAUGGACACACAGUGACGCAGAGCGAAGGUGAUUCUUCCAUCAUCCACACUAAUGGUUUCAGUUAUGCUGCUCAUGAUGAAGAGGACAUGUGCAAACCCAAGUACUUUGUAUUCAACUCACAGACAGCCUACACCAUUCCCAUUUUGGCCUUUGCCUUCGUGUGCCACCCUGAAGUACUCCCAAUCUACAGUGAACUUAAAAAACGAUCACAAAGGAAAAUGCAGCAUGUCUCCAAUGUGUCGAUUACUGCAAUGCUUAUCAUGUACCUUUUAGCUGCUACGUUUGGCUAUCUGACCUUUUUUGGACAAGUUGAAACAGAAUUGCUUCACACUUACACUAAAGUCUACCAAUUUGACGUCGUGAUUCUGUCUGUUCGCUUGGCUGUGCUGGUAGCUGUCACACUGACGGUUCCCAUUGUCAUUUUCCCGAUCCGAGCAUCAGUCCAGGAACUAUUAUUUCCAAGAAGGUCUUUCAACUGGAUACGACAUAUUGGAAUUGCGGCAAUCCUGUUGGUUCUAAACAACCUUUUAGUGAUAUUUGUUCCAAACAUUAGGGAUAUUUUUGGCUUUAUCGGAUCAUCUGCAGCUACGAUGCUCAUUUUCAUUCUCCCCUCAGCAUUUUAUAUCAGACUGGUAAAGAAAGAGUCAAUGAGAUCUGUGCAAAAGAUAGGGGCUACUAUUUUUCUUGUAAUUGGCAUCAUUUUUAUGAUUGGAAGCUUGACCCUUAUUGUCAUCGAUUGGAUUCACAAUCCCCCAGGAUCAGGUGGCCAUUAAUCUGCAAAUUGGCGUUGCAUCCUCAGAAUCACCCUGGAUAUAGACAGUGCAAGUGGAUGCCAUUCCUUUUAUUUCAACAGCAAAAUUCCAGAGACUUGAGCAUACCUUCACGUGAAGGCUAGAUGCCAGCUGUAGAUAAAAGGCUUAUGUUUGCUCUGCUUAAAUCAAUUUAAAAUUAAUUUAAAAUUAAUUUAAUAAAAGGAGGAUUGUCCUUGCAAGGGAAUUGUAUUAACUUUGCUUAAAUUAAUUUUAGGUUUCAGAGAGGUUGGGGGAGGGUUAGAGAUGGGGGAGAUGGGUAACACUGGCUGUGAAUAUAUACAGAACAACACCACAAGUAUAAUGUAUAUUAAAUUGCUUUUUGCUUUUAACAUGUGUUUGCUACUAUAAUACAGAAAACGUCUCUGAGGUUAUGAUAGUGUGUACAUAGUUUUUAAAUAGUUAAGCAAUUGUGCAUUUUUAAAUUUACAAGUCAAGGGGGUUGACUGCUUCUCUCUUAUUAAAUACAGGAAGUGUAGUUAACUUGUGUAAGCUACUGAGCCAAUGAAAAGAAUGCCACACUCUCUCACCCCUACGAAUUCCACUAAGUUGUUCAACUUUUCAGUUUUAAAAAAAAAAAAUUACAUCUGGAAAUAACAUCACCAGAAAUGUAUUUUGUGUUGGUAAUCAUGAUCCAGAUCCUAUAGUACAUCACUGUUAACUGAACUCGCACUCCCUCCCUCCCUAAUUCUAUGCCCUUAGUUCCAGUCAGACUCCUUAGUUGUGGAUACAACUAUACAACUCAAAUUACCGAGUUUGGAAAGUAACCUGGCUUCAUUCUGAACUUUAACCUGCUGAGAUUUACGAAACCUUGUCGUUUUUGUAUCCUUAAUGAAACCAGGACUUUAGUAUCAUGACAACAUUGUUUUGUACUUUACCGAGUAAAUUCAGAGCUCAGCCUGAAACCUUUUAUCCAUUUCACACAAUCCAUUUAUCUUCAGCCCUCCUCUGUGCAAUAGUGCAUUUGUAUAUAUUUAUCUUUUUAUUACUAAAUAGAAUUUCUCUUCUAAAUGGUGCUUUGCAAGUAUUUAAUUAAAUGUCAAGGAAUAAGUGUGGGUUUUAUUAAACAUAUUGUCUUUCAAACAAAAGGAAGAGCAAAAUGUUCUAAUAAUGAACUACAUUUAGUUGAGCUGCUACUAGUGGUUAAGGCUGUUCUGCAAUAGUCAAUUAUAUUUGCAUCAAUGUACAUAAAUUACAUUUUUAAUGUGUUGAUAAUAUUUGAGAUUAAAAUGUAUAGGAUUUUUUGUUUAGUUAUUUUUAAAAAAAAUUCUAGUGAGAUAAAUAAUUCAAAUUUAUUUUUAGAAAACUGAGCAAUAGCUAGUUUAAUGCAGUUGUUUUACUUGU